AUGCUUUGUGGUAUAUGCAAUACCAACAUUUCUAAGUAUAGGUGCCCAAAAUGCUCCGUACCUUAUUGUUCAUUGAGUUGCUUUAAGGGGGAAAAACAUAUUCAGCUAGAUAAUGAGCUGGGCAAGCGCCAACCCACAACCACGUCAACAUCAGAGGAAUCAGCGGUUUCAAAGGAAAAUGACAUUGUUGAACAAUCCAUCGAUGGAAAUGUAGCCAGGUUUGAAGAUGUAUUACGAGACGAGCAAAUCCAGUCCAUGCUCAAAAUCAAAUCGCUUCAGUUUCAUCUAUCUACAAUCUUGAGGAUUUUGAACGACCCACAGCUUACGAAUGAGUCUACAAUGGAGGGACGAAGAGAAAUAGCAAAUAAAAAGCUCUGCAAUUUACGAAUUGGUGGUAUAGAGGAGAACGAGUUGAUUGAAGACUUUGUGUCUAGAGUCUUGACGUUGUUGGCAUAG